AUGUCAUCCAGGAGAUUAUCAACCCUAUGGGUGCGCGACAUUCGCGGGUCCCAGAGUCUUUGUCUUUCCACAUCUUCCUGUCGCAGCCCAAUCAAGCCGCUGGUGUCCGCCUCCUGCGCGUCUCCGGCACAGCCAUUGAGCUCGACCGUCACCCGAUCAUAUUCACAAGGAAAGGUCUCCGACUUGGCUAAGAAUUUUUCCCGGAGACCUGGAAAUGCUGCCGAGACGUAUGUCGCAUAUGGCAUGACGCAGAAGCUAUUCGAAGCUUGUUCCAGCCAGGCGGAUUAUAAUAUUCCUCAAGCAUCGCAAAAGGGAGUCGAGGUCCCAAAGACGGCAGCUGGAGAGGAUCUCGGUGUAGGAGAGGGCUGGUGGUACAAAGAGCUCGGACUCUUGCCUACGUUUUCCACCUGGUCCCAGGUGACUUUCCUCCAUAUGUACCUCUUGACGGUUCGCCUGCGUGCCCUUCCCCAUCGCGACAGCGUUACCACUUACUCUCGACACCUCAUCGAUCACUUUUCGCACGAGGCGGAACACCGCAUGGACGUCUAUCAUGACUUGGGUAGUCGGACGAUUCGUAACAAAUACCUGAAGGAUCUGUUCAUUCAAUGGAGAGGAAUCAUUGCUGCAUAUGAUGAGGGGUUGGCCAAGGGUGAUGCGGUGCUGGGCGCUGCUGUCUGGAGGAACCUCUGGAAGGGGAGUCAGACGGGACCGGAUGGGAAAGAAGAGAUUGACUGGGCUAAGGUUGCCCAGGUGGUAGCUUAUAUGCGUCGGGUCUUGUCGGAGCUAUCGAAGAAGGAUGAGGUUGAUCUUGUCUUCGCUCUGGGACGUGAUCAGAAGAAUACCGGUAUCUUCGAUUACUCGGAGACGGACAGAAAGCUUGUUCAAGCAAGUAAAUGA